GGGUGGGGCUUGCGCGCCGGGCGGGGCGGCCUGGUGUCCCCGCGCCUGCCGGCCUGUGACCUCGCGGCGCCGCCUCCGCAGGUCUGCUGCGAUGCCCGUCGCGUUGGAGGACAUCAUGAGGCUGCUGUGCUACAUCUCCGAGGAGAGGAAAAUGAGGGCGGCCGUCAGGCACUCCGGGAGGGGCGCCCUGGUCACAGGGGCCGUGGCCUUCGUUGGUGGUUUGGUGGGCGGCCCACCAGGACUAGCCGUUGGGGGGGCCGUCGGGGGUUUGUUAGGCGCGUGGAUGACAAGUGGACAGUUUAAGCCGGUUCCUCAGAUCCUAAUGGAGCUGCCACCUGCCGAGCAGCAGAAGCUCUUUAACGAAGCCACUGCCAUCGUCAGGCACCUGGAAUGGACGGACGCCGUGCAGCUGACCAUGCUGGUCAUGGGCAGUGAAGCCCUGCAGCAGCAGCUGCUGGCGAUGCUGACCAACUACAUCACCAAGGAGCUCCGGGCGGAAGUGCAGUACGACGACUAGGCCUCCGCUCCGGGAAGCGGGGUCCCCCCGACUCGUGGAAGGUGACUGGGGAGCUGCGGGAAGCCCCACAUCAUCAGAAUAUUACCCUAAACUGUAGCGAAAUCUCCUGCUGGAGAGGCUGGGGCUGUGCUAUAUCGUGUUCUGGAAUUAUUUGAGAAGAUGCCGCGUUUUGUGGCCGUGUGCACCUGUGUGCCCUGACAACCCUUCAGCUGGGAAGCUGGUGAACAGUAAAGCCGUGACUGCUGCCACGUAGCGGCAGUUUUCUGAAUCUCCUGUCGCUCACACAGGAGCUGGAAGAAGGUCUUCACGUUCAGCCUUCUCAUCUCAUCAUGUGAAGAUGAUGCCGGUACAGGCAGCCGUUGCAGGACCAGCCCUCCCUUGGGACCUAGGGGCUGUCCCCUGCUGGAAUCAUGUUUACCUCUUGAAUGCCCCUUCCCCACCCAGUGACUUCUGAGUGGCCUCAGGGAGGGGGCAGUCGGCCUGCUGAGUGAAGCCACAAACGUCAGUGGCACCCAGCCCCUCCCCCAGUAGCUGCCCGACUGGGCUCUCACCCUCCCAGGGGCUUGCUUUCCCCAUCUGAAAAGUCAUAGUAGUUCCUGAGUUCUGUUUUUUAAAUUAAAUAUUUUCAGUAAAUUAUUGCUCUUUCUGAAGUGGUAGAAUCAUAAACUAUCUCUAAGAAAUCUGUCCACCCUAAAUUUCUCCUAAUAUUGUUUUUGCUUUGCUUUCAGAACCACAGUUUGACUAAGUGUCAUCAAACUACAGUAAAUGUUUUCUGAACAGUCCUUUUCUCCACCUAUUUGUGUAAAGUAUCUCUGACAUUUGAAGUUGUACACGUGGAGCACAAGGGAAGGGAAGGUAUCGGAUUUGUGACUUUAAAGAAGGAAUGAGAGCUCUGGGUUGCAGGGCCCGCAACCUGACUUUCCAGGCUGCUGUGGCUCCCUGUACUGCCGGUGAGCACACACUGCCCCGAGCCUCCCUAGCAACCACAGGAUGUCCCUUGGGUCCCAGGGACCUGGAAGGAAGCGGCACCGUCCUCCCUGGGGUGCAGAGGAAGGCACUCCUGCUGAGCAGAGUCAGUGUCCCGCGCCUCCGUGUGUGUAAGGAAAACUUCAGGGCAAAUUAGAACCCAGGGUGAUUAAGGAAGGAUCAAGCUUGUAUCUCAGAAAAGUUGCUCUUUUUUUUUUAUAAAUUUAUUUAUUUAUUUAUUUAUGGCUGUGUUGGGUCUCCGUUGCUGCGCGCGGGCUUCUCACUGCGGUGGCUUCUCUUGUUGCGGAGCACAGGCUCUAGGCACGCGGGCUUCAGUAGUUGUGGCUCACGGGCUUCAGUAGUUGUGGCUCGCUGGCUUCAGUAGUUGUGACUCACAGGCUUAGUUGCUCCGCGGCAUGUGGGAUCUUCCCGGACCAGGGAUCGAACCCGUGUCCCGUGCACUGGCAGGCGGGUUCUUAACCACUGCGCCACCAGGGAAGCCCAGAAAAGCUGCUCUUUAUCUGGCCUCAUCUAGCACACAUCAGGUGCCCUUUACAGGCCACACUCCUGGGGUUGAUGAAGCCACUUUGGUCAUUUGCACUGCUUGGGUUGAUGGGGGGCAGGGUGGAGUCCUUUUAGAUGAUUAUCCUGACUCAUAGAAGGUGACUGGGUGGUUAUGGGGGGGGGGCCCACCCAUCCAACUCGUGUGUUGGGUCCUACUCUGCCAGGCCCAGGGGACACAGGUGGUUCCAGCUCGGAGGUCCUGCACCAAUGUCCACUGGAGUCCCUUCCCCGGCCUGCCUAGCUUUACCCUUGGGAAAACCACUCUCGGGAGGAGAUGGCCUGACUCCUGACCAAUUUGGGGUCAGAUGAAGCAGGCCUUACAGAAUAAAGUCAGUGGCCUAGCCAGGUCCUGGGUGACUUGCGGUGGACUUUAGGCCCAAGAGGAGUCCAGGCCUCGAGUCUCAUCUCCCCCAGGAGCUGAAAGCACUUUCCUUGCUUUCCCCUCACACUCUACUCCCAGCAACUGUGGCUUUAGUAUUUCUGCAUCUUCUUUGAAAUUUUUUCAUUUAUUUAUUUUUGAAUAGGUAAUACAAACCUGGUACAAAACUUAGAAGACAUCAGAAGAUAAAAAUGGAAAAGGAAGGCAUCCUCCUAUACUGACCCCUGCUCCAGCCCCCUUUCCAGAUGCAGCCACUAUACCAAUUUCUUGUAUAUUCCUUUAACUCUGUUUUUAGAUAGUCAUUGAAUAGUAUUCUUUUAUUUGUCAGUGUUUAUUGCUGAAAACAGAAAAAUCCAGAAAAGUAUAAUGAAAUAAAAACCAUUAAAAGUAUCACCACCCAUGGGACUUCCCUGGUGGUCCAGUGGUAAAGAAUCUGCCUUCCAAUGCAGGAGACGAGGGUUUGAUCCCUGGUCGGGGAACUAAGAUCCCACAUGCCUCCAGGCAACUAAGCCCGCAUGCCACAACUACUGAGCCGGCGCAUCUCAACUAGAGAGCCCACGCGCCCUGGAGUCUGCAUGCCACAACUAGAAAGAGAGAAAACCCACACGCCACAACUAGAGAGAAGCCUGUGCACCACAACUAGAGAGAAGCCCGCAUGCCACAACGAAGAGCCCACGCACUGCAACGAAAGAUCCCGCGUGCCAUAACUAAGACCCAGAGCAGCCAAAAAAAAAAAAAAAAAAAAGUCACCACCUAGAAAACCACUGUUAACAAAUUUGGCAUAUUUUGUGCAAACCUUUUAAUGCUAUGUAUGUGUAUUUUAGUGUUUAGACCUUUUUGAACACUCUUACCAAUUAACAUUAAAUAACAUUUGUGAUGUAUUUUGAAAUCUCUUGUAAACACGUGUAAUGGCUUUAUAAUAUUCCACUGCACUAAACCAUAUAUACAUAACUGCUGUAGUGUCCUUUCUAGGUUUUUACUAUUAUAGUGCUGCAUUUUUGUGAACAUUUUUGUGCGCAUAUUCUGUUCAUAUUUUCGAUUAUGAUAGAUAGUCUGUAAGAUAGAUUCCUCAACGUGAAAUUGCUGAAUUAAAAAGUAUGUAAUAUU